UGUUCACUCUCUUCUCAUUCUUCGGCUGAGUUUCGACUGCCAAGCACCUGAAAACCGCGUGUCCACAAAAACAGUAACUUUCUCUUUCGCUGUAGACCUUAGUCUGGUCAACCGAGUGUUUUAGACGACCACUUUUAAAACGGAGGAAAAGAUCGAGCCGUUUGAAAUAUUAUCUUCCAUUCACGCUCAAUUCCAUCCACGGUGUAGGCGCCAUGGGACACGGUGCGGAAAUGAAUGGAUGUGGCAAGUGCCUCAAAUAUCUCAUGUUCACCUUCAACUUGUUAGCGCUGGUUGGUGGCAUCGUGGUGAUGGCCGUCGGUAUUUGGACGUGUGUAGAUCACGCUUACAUGGAACAAUUGCUUGGAACCAAUUUGUACAUGAGUGCCGCCUAUAUUCUCAUAGCUACCGGUGUUGUCGUCAUCCUAAUCUCCUUUCUCGGGUGUCUCGGCGCUGUCAAAGAAAUCAAGUGCAUGCUGCUCACCUAUUUCAUAGUAAUGUUCGGCAUCUUUGUGACGAUGCUGGUUGGCGGUAUUUUGGGCUAUGCAUUCCGCGCGAACGUUGCCGUUUCAAUGAGGACGCGAAUGUACUCUUCUCUCGGCGAAUACGGCGUUACUAGAGUUGUAACUGAUGCCUGGGAUUUCACGCAAUCCAAGUUGCGUUGUUGCGGCGUCGAAGGCUUUGAUGGCUACAAAGUCUGGAGGACGGACAAUCGAAACUUUAACAGUAAUUUACAAGUGCCACUGUCUUGUUGCCAGAAAAUAUGGACCAGCGGCCAAAUUGGAAACAACGGAAUCAAUAGUGGAAUACUAAAUGCUGGUCAAAUGGACCUGGCUGGACAAUCGUACAUGCCGUGUCAAGGAUCUCCGAAUAGUAAUACAGCAUACUUGACUGGUUGCUAUGACAAAGGCCUUGAGGCAGUGAAAGAUCAGGCAGCGAUUGUUGGUGGAGUAGGGAUAGGCAUUGCAUUUGUCACGCUAAUGGGAAUGAUAUUUUCAAUGGCACUCUUCAACAUGAUAAAAUAGCGCUAGGGGCGCGGUGGCCUCUUCACCUUCUUUUUCUCCAUUUCCCUCCAUCUUGAAGUAAAAAAAAAAAAAAAAAAAAGUGUGGUUGUUUUGCUUGUAAUUUUAGAUUAUAUUGUCAGUUCGUGAUUAUUGUGUGGUUGCCUAUUGUGGUGUCGAAUGUCAAUGCUGCAUCUGCAUGAAAUGGUGCACUUUUUUGGUACUCAAAGUUAUUUUUUUUUUCCCACUACGGAUCCUAUUUACCUUCGCUGGGCAACCCGAGGUUCACGAAUUAAGAAAGAUCUUCAUGGUGACACGCAUAUGGGCUGUCUUCUAUGUAUAGGGUACCUUUUGACUUUCGCAGGACCGACCAUAGUGCAGUUUCACCCUAGAAUCUGAAGUCAAUCAAUAUCAAUUUUAUGACUAGCAGGACUGCUCACAAAUGGCUCGAUACUCUUGUCAACUUAGUCCUAGUCAGUUGGCAUGCACCUUUAACAUAAUACACGUUCCCGGCGUAUUUUAUUUAAA